AUGGAGGACUCCAAAAACAAAGACAAGAAGCAGUCCGAAAAAUCCGAUGAGAAUGAGAAGAACAAGGAAAAGGACUCGCAACCUUCGGGGAAGGAUAAAGAGAAGAAAGAGGAGCAAGAAUUGUCUGAGGAAGAUAAGCAGUUACAAGAGGAUUUGGAGAUGAUGGUGGAGCGACUAGGGGAGAAGAACACAGCGUUGUACCGUCCUGCAUUGGAAGAGCUGCGGAGGCAGAUUCGCUCUUCAACCACCUCCAUGACAUCGGUUCCCAAGCCUCUUAAAUUUUUGCGCCCACAUUACGGCAAGCUUAAAGAGAUCUAUGAAAUCAUGGCCCCUGGAGAAAACAAGAGUUUUUGUGCAGAUGUGGUGUCAGUGCUGGCCAUGACAAUGAGUGGGGAGAGGGAGUGUCUGAAGUAUCGACUGUUGGGCUCCCAGGAAGAGCUGGCUUCCUGGGGACAUGAAUAUGUUCGGCACCUGGCUGGUGAGGUGGCUAAAGAGUGGCAGGAGGUGGAGGAGAACGAUAAGACCCAGCAGGAGACGUUGCUGAAGCUGGUGAAGGAAAUUGUACCUUACAACAUGGCACACAAUGCUGAGCAUGAGGCUUGUGACCUGUUGAUGGAAAUUGAGAGGCUGGACAUGCUGGAGGACUACAUCGAUGAGAACGCCUAUGGCAAGGUUUGCCUCUACCUCACAAGUUGUGUGAGCUAUGUUCCGGAGCCUGAAAACUCUGCAUUGCUACGGUGUGCCUUGAAGAUCUUCAGAAAAUUCAACCGGCAUCCAGAGGCUCUUCGAUUGGCCCUGAUGCUCAAUGAUGUGGAGCUCGUCGAAAACAUCUUCACUUCUUGCAAAGACAUAGUUAUUCAGAAGCAGAUGUCCUUCAUGCUUGGUCGCCAUGGCAUGUUCUUGGAGCUUAAUGAAGAUGUAGAAGAUUACGAGGACCUGACAGAGAUCAUGUCCAAUGUGCAGCUCAACAGCAAUUUUUUGGCCUUGGCCAGAGAGUUGGACAUCAUGGAACCCAAAGUCCCAGAUGACAUCUACAAAACGCACCUGGAAAAUAAUAGGUUUGGAGGUAGUGGCUCCCAGGUGGACUCAGCCCGUAUGAACCUUGCUUCUUCCUUUGUGAAUGGCUUUGUUAAUGCAGCAUUUGGACAGGAUAAACUAUUAACAGAUGAUGGCAACAAAUGGUUGUACAAGAACAAGGACCAUGGCAUGUUGAGCGCUGCAGCUUCUCUUGGGAUGAUCUUGCUGUGGGAUGUGGAUGGUGGCCUGACCCAAAUCGAUAAAUAUCUUUACUCAUCUGAGGACUACAUUAAGUCUGGUGCUCUCCUUGCAUGCGGCAUCGUAAACUCAGGUGUAAGGAAUGAAUGUGACCCAGCCCUGGCCCUGCUGUCAGACUAUGUCCUCCACAACAGUAAUACGAUGAGGAUAGGUGCCAUUUUUGGAUUGGGUUUAGCUUAUGCUGGCUCAAAUAGAGAAGAUGUCCUGUCCUUGCUUCUGCCUGUCAUGGGAGACUCAAAAUCCAGCAUGGAGGUGGUUGGUGUGACAGCAUUGGCAUGUGGUAUGAUUGCUGUGGGGUCGUGUAACGGUGACGUGACCUCCACCAUUGUGCAGACCAUCAUGGAGAAGAACGAACAGGAGCUGAAAGACACAUAUGCUCGCUGGCUCCCUCUCGGUUUAGGACUCAACCAUUUGGGUAAAGGAGAGGCCAUCGAGACCACACUGGCAGCUCUCCAAGUUGUUCCUGAACCUUUCCGCAGUUUUGCCAACACGCUCGUCGAUAUAUGUGCUUAUGCAGGUUCUGGCAAUGUGUUGAAGGUGCAGCAGCUUCUCCACAUCUGCAGUGAGCACUAUGAGGCCAAGGAGAAGGAAAAAGAGGACGACAAGGACAAAAAAGAUAAAAAAGACAAAGAUAAGAAAGAAACAGCUGACAUGGGCUCUCACCAGGGAGUAGCUGUUCUCGGUAUUGCACUCAUUGCUAUGGGGGAGGAGAUUGGCUCUGAAAUGGCAUUGCGGACAUUUGGACAUCUGCUGCGUUAUGGUGAGCCCACUCUGAGGCGAGCCGUGCCUCUUGCUCUGGCUCUCAUCUCGGUGUCCAACCCCCGUUUGAACAUCUUGGACACCCUCAGCAAGUUUUCCCAUGAUGCUGACCCUGAGGUCUCACACAACUCUAUCUUCGCCAUGGGCAUGGUGGGCAGUGGAACAAAUAAUGCCCGCUUGGCUGCAAUGCUACGACAGCUGGCACAGUAUCAUGCCAAAGACCCAAACAACCUCUUCAUGGUUCGGCUGGCCCAGGGUCUGACUCAUCUGGGUAAAGGCACACUCACACUGUGUCCCUACCAUAGCGACAGACAGCUCAUGAGUCAGGUUGCUGUGGCUGGGCUGCUCACAGCGCUCGUUUCCUUCCUCGAUGUCAAGAACAUAAUCCUGGGGAAAUCUCAUUACAUUCUUUAUGGCCUGGUAGCAGCCAUGCAGCCGCGUAUGCUCGUCACCUUUGACGAGGAACUCCGACCGCUGCCUGUUUCUGUCAGAGUUGGUCAGGCCGUGGACGUUGUGGGCCAAGCAGGCAAACCCAAGGCCAUCACAGGAUUCCAGACCCACACAACACCAGUUUUGCUGGCACAUGGAGAGAGAGCGGAGUUGGCCACAGAGGAGUACUUACCUGUCACCCCCAUCCUGGAGGGCUUUGUUAUUCUUCGCAAGAACCCCAAUUAUGAAACCUAGACUGUCAACCCCCCGUCCCCUAUCUCCAGCCUCCUUGUGUUUUCAAGGGUAACCCUCCAUGGCUCUGUGCUAUCUUUAUAACUUGUUUUAAUACAUUGCUAGAAAGAGCAGUGGUGCGAUGCCAAUGACCUGCCCCAAUUGUCUUAAAAAGGGGAUCGUUGGGAGUCUGGCUAAUUGGACUGCUUUGACAAGGGAGAGGUUCACUUGGACCUUAUACACACAACACAGAUUUGCCCUGGACCAGCGCUUGGCUUCCAUUCAAACAUCUUCAACAUCCAUCUCCAGCCCUCCUGUAAAUCUUUCAGUUAUCAGAACAUUCACCAAGCCUUUUCAGUGCAACGGAUGUUUUGUUCCCACUAUUUACAUCCUCAUUUGUAACAAAAUCAUUAAAGUGUUAGUUUUUUUUGUUUGUUUUGUUACAGUACUGUAUAUGGUUUGUUGAAAAAUAAAAUGAGGAUCCACAUU